AUGUCACAGCUGCUGCUGCUGCUUCUGCCCCUGCUGUGGGCAGGGUCCCUGGCUCAGGAUGGGAGAUUCUGGCUGCAAGUGCAGGGGUCUGUGACAGUGCAAGAGGGUCUGUGCGUACAUGUGCCCUGCACUGUCGUCUACCCCCAAGAAGGCUGGAAUGACUCUACCCCAGCUCACGGCUACUGGUUCCGACAAUGGGGAUAUCAAUACCAAGAUACACUUGUGGCCACGAACAACCCAGAUCAUAAAGUGCAGGAUGAGACCCAGGGCCGAUUCCACCUUCUUGGAGACCCCCGGACCAAUGACUGCUCCCUGGACAUCAGAGACGCCAGGAGGAGUGACAGUGGGGAAUACUUCUUUAGGGUGGAAAGAGGGUCUUAUGUGAGAUAUAAUUACAAAGAGAACAUACUCUCUGUGCAUGUGACAGCUCUGACACAGACACCUGACAUCCACAUCCAGGGGACCCUAGAAUCUGGCCACCCCAAGAACAUUACAUGUAAAUUGCCAUGGGCUUGUGAGAGGGGAACGCCCCCCUCAUUCUCCUGGAUCGGGGAUGCCCUCACCUCUCUGGGCCCCAAGACUCCUGACUCCUCGGUGCUCACCCUCACCCCGGGGCCCCAGGACCACGGCACCAACCUCACCUCUCGAGUGACCUUCCCUGGAGCUGGUGUGAGCACAGAGAGGACCAUCCAGCUCAACGUGUCAUAUGCACCCCAGAACCUGACCAUCAGUGUGUUCCAGAAAGAAGGCACAGGACCUGAAGCUCUGGGCAAUGGCUCAUCUCUUCCAGUCCAGCAGGGCCAGUCCCUGCGCCUGGUCUGUGUCGCUGACAGCAACCCUCCUGCCAUACUGAGCUGGACCCGGGGGAGCCUGACCCUGAUACCCUCCUCACCCUCAAACCCUGGGGUCCUGGAGCUGCCCCAGGUGGUUUUAGGGGACGAAGGAGAAUUCACCUGCCGAGCUCAGCACCCCUGGGGCUCCUACCACAUCUCUGUGAACCUAGUUGUGCAGGGUUUCUCCUGCUCCUGCCCCCACAUCUCUGGGGAGCAGCGGGGCUCCUGGCCUCUAGUCCUCACCCUGCUCAGGGGGGCCCUCAUGGGGGCUGGCUUCCUUCUCACCUACGGCCUCACCUGGAUCUACUACACCAGGUUCAGAGGCUCCCAAGGAGAGAGGGCUGCAAGGUGUGACUGAGCCCCUUCCUCCUGGCGGUGCCGUGGUCUGGGCUCCAGAUCCCUGACAGCUGGAUGAGGAUCCAUCAGAGCACUGUGUCCCAGA